AUGCCCGUUCCCUCAGAACCCGCAAAGCCCCGCGCCAAGCGCUUCAGUGUCGUGCGCUACAACCUCAGAGAAAAGCUCAAGAUCGUCACCGAGGCCUACAGCAAGCCUCGAAACAUCAAGCCUACCGCCCGCCGGUUCGGCAUCCCGGCUCCACACAUCCGCCGAUGGCAUGAGCAGCGCCAAGACAUUAUCAAGCGCCUUGAGGAAAACAAGGAGGAGAACCUGACCAUCCACCGUGGCCGGCGACCCAAGUACCCCGAAGUCGACAAGGGGAUCCAAGACUUUAUCGACAGCUUCAAGGCCAGCCAUGCCGACCAACCACCCCAAACCGCCGACAUUGUGCUGUAUGUGCAGGAGUGCCAUCCCCAUUUCCGCGGCGGCCUCAAGGAGAAGAUCCUGCGGCAUCUGUACAUGCUGGCCGACCGUGAAAUCAUCACGCUCUCCAACCGCCGUGCUCGCAAGGAAGGCCAGUCCUGCCAAGCAUCCCAGAGCAAGCGAGCUGCCCUGCGACGCAGUCAGACAAGCUCGUCCGUAUUGUCGUCCUCGUCAACACUCUCGCCGUCUCCGCUGUUCGACAUGGAGGCUGUGUCUUCGCAGGACAGCGACCAGUUCGUUUGCUCGAACCUCUUCGUCGGCGUCAAAAACGACUUGAUUGCCAUGACGCCAGACCCCUUAAUGAACCUUGGCGCCGAUCAAGAUCCCACCCGAGCCUACUACCUCGAUAUGGACCAAGCCAUCCAUUCCAUUGAUGCGCUCAGCCAUGGAGCGCUGCAGGAUCCCUCGUCCGGCUACAUUACCUUCCCUUCAUCGCUGGUGUGUGCGUACGAUCCCGCCAUUCCGCCUGACUACGAGUCUCGGGGUGGACCUGCCGACUCUGGCUGCGGUUACAUCUCAGAUACAAACCACUCGUUCUAUGUUGGCUUGGACUCUGCCGUCGAAGAUUUUGCUCAGUCCACUUCCAGCGAGCACCACGGUGACGUUUUGGUAACUCCCACACGAAGACCCCGGGUCGAUACUGGUCUGGCGGCUGGCCGAGCGGCUUUCGUCGAUGGCUGCAGCCCGUACCCGCCCAGCGUCUGCGAAGACUUUAUUGCCCGAGGCACCGAACUGGUGUCGGCUUCGGGCAUGUUCCAGCCCCGGCUGAUGGCCAGCAUGGUGUCUCCCAUCAGCUCGACCGAGUCAGUGUACCCAAACGCCUAUGGCUGCCCUUCCUCGCCCUGGGCUCCGAGCCCCAUCAGCCCGGCGAUCCAACUCUGCCCGCCGACUUGUGUCGAGCCCAAGCCCAUGUCGCAGCUCCGCAGACGGUCUGUGCUCGGUCCCGUCCAAGUCGACGCUGCCAUGCCUCCUCCGACAGCCAUCCACAACCGCGCGGUGCCCAUCUCGAUGAGUGCUCGAUACAGCGACUUGGCCAUCCUCAGCCCCGCCGACGGACUCGAGCAUCGGAUCUUCCCGGGGGUGGUUCCUGGACCCAUGUCGAUCGGUGCUAUCUACACGCCGAUGGCCAUCGGUCUCCCCGGAGGCCUGAUUCCUACCUACUCCAUGCCGCUCGACAACACAAACGGCCGAGGCUUUGCCGAGACCAUCAUCCAGGGCUCUGGCUGCUAUUCCACCGGCUUGGUCGAGCGCAUUUGA